AUGUCGAUGGUGGGCGACGGCCAUCCAGUGCCAAAGUUCAACGGCGGAUCGGUCUUGAUCCGCGAGUGGGGUGGGGCGAUCGGGGUGUGGAUUGAGAAGCUCGAGGCCGCCGGCGCCAACCAGGUCAACAGCAGGGUCAAGCUCGAGGAAGUGCUGGAGGAGAACCGAGAGCUGAUGGAGCGGGGGGUGACUGUCGACGAGCUGCUGGAGAAAUACGAGCCGCUUUGGCGCCAAUGGAAGUACGGUGGUGUCGCCAAGAACGAGGCAUGGAUUGAGAUCGUCACUCAGGCCUCGCAAGACGAGCGGGUAGCGGUGAAGGGCUGGAAGAAGCGAAAGCUGGUCAAUGUGCCCUUGAAGCCGCAUCCCCGUAACAACAAGGGAUGGCAUGGCUGCUUUUACUUUCAGCUCUGGGAGAAGCGCAAGGGGUCCAAGUCGAACAGCACAACGUCGAGCACGAGCAGCAUGGCGACGGGCGCGAGCAGCGCGCCAGCAGGCGAGAGCCGUGCCGUGACGGCCUCGAAACAGCUGGAGGCGCUCAAAGUCAAGGUGGCGGGGUUUGGCCUGCGAGAUGAGUUCGUUGCGACCAACAAGGUGGUGAUCAAGUGGCCGAACAGCGUACCGCAAAACUAUGAGAACAAGCCGGUGUGGAUCACGGAUUACGAAGACCUUGUGCAGAAAGUCAGGAAGUACGAGAACAGCACCGGGAUGAGGCUCCACCCACCAGCGCCAAUCCGGCUGUCCAGCAUCGGUAACAUGGACAACAUCGUUGGCAUUGCCAAGGAUAUUGGUCUCUGGGCGACGGACCCGAUGAUGGCCGAGCUGGGACUGGAGUGGAACACAGACCUGUUUCCCGAGCCGGAAAAUGACGGUAGACUGGUCAGUGUGGCGUACCAGAGCCGUCGGAUUAUGGCGGUGAUGAUGGUUGUCUACGGGUUGCAGGAGGUGAGUCCGAACGGAGCAGACGUCACAAGUGGCGAAUACCGGGAGAGCUGGCGGGCGGCGCAGAUGCCGCCGACGACGAUGGAGGACCUUGUCAGGUACGGCGCGGUGAAGCGGAAAGACGACGCCCCAGAGAAACUCCAGGAGGAGCUCUGCGCGCACCAGGAUUGGCUCGAUCUCCUUCUUAUGCUCGACAUGUGCCGGUCGAUGAUGAUCAACGAGCUGCGGAGGAAAGUGGUGACGAAGGUGCACUUGGACGAGACGCGGCUUUCCUUGUGGCUGCGUCUGGCAGCAUUUGCCUUUGGCUUUGACUGCGCCAACUGGAACGGACUUACCGGCGGGAUGUUCGGCACAGGCACGUACGUCCCGUUCUGGACGACCAAGCUCCCGCAGCCGUACGUGACUCUCAUGCUCAUCACACACAAGAAGGAUGAAGACAUGGAGCUGCUCAAAAGGCCGAUUGGUGAGUCGGAGUACGGCGAGCUGUGGCGGACUCUCAUGGACACCGCGCGCAUCGGUGAGAGUAUUGCCCACACGUCGGCGCUGGCGUCGCCGGGCCUCGAAACCGGCAAGUUCAAGUUCAAGGACCCAGAAAAGCUGAAGGAUACACUCGAGAACCAUCGCAAGCCCGCGUACAACUGGGCUGCGAUGGAUGCGGUCAUCGACUCGGACGACACCAAGCUCGAGCAGCUGUACCAGGCAAUCUGGGCGGGGAUGCCGAAAGAUCGCAUGACGGCGAUACUUGUUCGCUCACUCUACGUCUUUGGCAAGCAGCUCAAGUAUGACGGGGUGCCGUUCAUCGCCGUCCUCCAGACGAUGCUCGGCAGCCCGUGUGAGCCGUCGACGACCAGUCGGCCGCGGCAAGUGGCGCCGAGCACGAGCGAGGUCAACGACGAGUCGCCUUUGAGAAAGCGGCCGUGCGAGGAUGAGAACGUUGGAGGGCGGAAGGGCAACGACGGCAAGCGGACGAGGCCGUCGCGCCGGAAGAAGGGCAAGGAGGACGCUGAGUAG